GGGGAGGCCGGUGACGCGCUUCGAGUGCGCCGUCGCCGCGGCGUGACGUCAGAUUGUGAAGCCAGUCAUGCUGCUCCCUGCAGGUUCGGAUCGGGCUAUCCCGGCGGAGUGCACUCUGCUGCUGGUAAUGUUAAUUCUAGUGAGCAGCACAGGAAGCCAGACAGGGCUAUUGUGGGAUAAUUCAAUGUGAAUUUCAGACCUGGCCUGCCAUAACACUUGCAGUUUGUUUAUUGCUCAUUUUAAAUUCCUGGCCAUUCACAUAUUACAUCAACACACUGACCACUAUAACUACUGCAGACAGCUGCACUCUGACCACUAUAACUACUGCAGACAGCUGCACUCUGACCACUAUAACUACUGCAGACAGCUGCACUCUGACCACUAUAACUACUGCAGACAGCUGCACACUGACCACUAUAACUACUGCAGACAGCUGCACACUGACCACUAUAACUACUGCAGACAGCUGCACACUGACCACUAUAACUACUGCAGACAGCUGCACUCUGACCACUAUAACUACUGCAGACAGCUGCACUCUGACCACUAUAACUACUGCAGACAGCUGCACUCUGACCACUAUAACUACUGCAGACAGCUGCACUCUGACCACUAUAACUACUGCAGACAGCUGCACUCUGACCACUAUAACUACUGCAGACAGCUGCACUCUGACCACUAUAACUACUGCAGACAGCUGCACUCUGACCACUAUAACUACUGCAGACAGCUGCACACUGACCACUAUAACUACUGCAGACAGCUGCACACUGACCACUAUAACUACUGCAGACAGCUGCACUCUGACCACUAUAACUACUGCAGACAGCUGCACUCUGACCACUAUAACUACUGACCACUAUAACUACUGCAGACAGCUGCACUCUGACCACUAUAACUACUGCAGACAGCUGCACUCUGACCACUAUAACUACUGCAGACCAGCUACAUUCUGACCACUAUAACUACUGCAGACAGCUGCACUCUGACCACUAUAACUACUGCAGACAGCUGCACUCUGACCACUAUAACUACUGCAGACAGCUGCACUCUGACCACUAUAACUACUGCAGACAGCUGCACUCUGACCACUAUAACUACUGCAGACAGCUGCACUCUGACCACUAUAACUACUGCAGACAGCUGCACUCUGACCACUAUAACUACUGCAGACAGCUGCACUCUGACCACUAUAACUACUGCAGACAGCUGCACUCUGACCACUAUAACUACUGCAGACAGCUGCACUCUGACCACUAUAACUACUGCAGACAGCUGCAUUCUGACCACUAUAACUACUGCAGACAGCUGGAAUGGUUAUGGCACCAUGAGUUCCCUGGCACCCCCACAGUAAGUAGGGCCGCAUCCGUUAUUUUAUUUAACCCCCCUCCCGACUGCCCUACAUCUAAUUGCCCCCCCAUAGUUACCUCCAAAUGUCCCUAGGUCCCCCAUAUUACCGAUUUUUAGGUCCUGGACGCCGCCAUCUUAGUGUGGGCAGAUGAAGGCCCGGUGGGACAUGUCAUCUGCCCACACUAGAUAGCGCUGUGAAGUUCCUACGCAUGCCCAGUUAAACACUUGGGCAUUUAGGCGGGAAUUUAAUCCAUUCAUUCGUCAGAAAGAUGAAUAAAUUAAUAGAAAUUUCAAAAGAAUGAACGAAGACCUCUUCAUUCAUUUGUUAGGUUUAUUACAAGGAGGGAGCUACCGGCUCGUGGCUCCCUCCUUGUAAUAUUUGAAAAUAUAAGCGGCGGGAAGCAGUACUCCCUGCCACUUUCUAACUCCCCCCAUGCCCCCUGUCAUUCUAUGAGGGUCAAUAUGACCCCCACAUUAGGAUAAGGGAGAUUAAAAUCUAUCUAGUAAACAGUGAGCAGCCAGUGGCUGCUCACUGUUUAACCCCUUAAGGACAGAGCCAAAUGUACACGUUGUGAAUGAAACAAAAUGUAAACAAAACCUGGCAUUUGCGCUACAUGUCUGUCCAGCCGUAAUUCACCUCUUUCAUAGUAAAUGCACCCACCCUUAUUAUAUAUCAUUUUAUUCAGGGGAAACAGGGCUUUCAUUUAAAAACAAACAUUUAGCUAUGAAACAUAAUUUAAUAUGAAACAAAUGGAAGAAAAUAAGAUUUCUUUUUUUUUUAGUUCUACAUGACAUUUUAACUGUCAAUGUCUUAAUACUGUUUGCUUUUACUGCAAUAAAAUACACAUAUUUGUAUUCAGCAAAGUCUCAUGUGUAAAACAGUACCCCCUAUGUACAGGUUUUAUGGUGUUUUGGGAAGUUACAGGGUCAAAUAUAGCACGUUACAAAUUGAAAUUCGCCAGAUUGGUUACGUUGCCUUUGGGACUUUAUAGUAGCCGAGGAAUGAAAUUUACACCCAAAAUGGCAUACCAUUUGCAAUAGUAGACAACCCAAGGUAUUGCAAAUGGGGUAUGUCCAGUCUUUUUUAGUAGCCAUUUGGUCACAAACACUGGCCAAAGUUAGCGUUAGUAUUUGUUUGUGUGUGAAAAAUGCAAAAAACGCCAAUUUUGGCCAGUGUUUGUGACUAAGUGGCUACUAAAAAAAGUGUCUUUUUUUGCAAAUGGUAUGCCAUCAUUGGGGUAAUUUUCAUUCUUGGGCUACCAUAGGGUCUCAAAGGCAACCUAACCAAUUUGGUGAAUUUUAAUGUGAAAAGAAUGAAACACAAGCCUUAUAUUUGACGCUGUAACUUUUGAAAACACCAUAAAACCUGUACAUGAGGAGUACUGUUGUACUCGGGAGACUUCGCUGAACACAAAUCUUUGUGUUUCAAAACAGUAAAAAGUAUCGCAGCAAUAAUAUCGUCCGUGUAAGUGCUUUUUAUGCGUGAAAAAUGCAAAAAACGUCACACUUACUGGCAAUAUCAACAUUGUAAUACAUUUUACUGUUUUGAAACACUAAUAUUUGUGUUCAUCGAAGUCUCCCAAGUAGAACAGUACCCCCUAUGUACAGGUUUUAUGGUGUCUUAGAAAGUUAUAGGGUUAAAUAUAGUGCUAGCAAAUUAAAUUCCCUUUACUUUCGGCAUGGGUUGUCAGGCAGGUCCCGCUAAUUGUAAUAUAAUUAAGAUACCUAAUUAUGUAAAAAAUAUUACAUGAAUAUAUAUGUAGAAUUAGUAUAUGUGUGUGUGUGUGUGUGUAUAUAUAUUUUAAAAAUAUUUUUAUUUAUAUAUAGGUGUGUGUAUAUAUAUAUAUAUAUAUAUAUAUAUAUAUAUAUAUUUAUGUAUAUAUUUAUGUAUAUAGAUAUAUAUUAUUUUGUUCUACGUGUAUUUUGAUAUAAAUAUAUAUUAAUAUCACAAUACAGUUAGAACGAAAUAACACACAUCUAUAUAUUUAAUUAUUUAUUUUUAAUUAUUUAAAAAAAAAUUUUUUUUUACGUAUUUGCAUAUUUAAUUUUUUAUAUAUAACAGUAAUUAUAUAUAUAUAUAUAUUUAAUCAGUAUCAGUCUACGUGUAAUUUGAUAUUAAUAUAUAUAUAUAUAUAUAUAUAUAUAUAUAUAUAUAUAUAUAUAUAUAUAUAUAGUAAAAUACACCUAGACAGUGUAUAUGUGUUUGUAUAUGUGUGUGUGUAUAUAUAUAUGUAUAUAUGUGUGUGUGUGUGUAUAUAUAUAUAUAUAUAUAUAUAUAUAUAUAUAUAUAUAUAUAUAUAUAUAUACACUUAGAUCAUAUAUAUAUGAUCUAAGUAUAUAUUUAUUUAUUUUUUACACUUUUUAACUUUAAUUAAUGUUAUUUAAUUUUAUUUCCAGCCAGCAGGGAGACCACCUGUCAUUACAGGCAAGCCCCCUGCUGGCAAUGCUGCAGCCAGCUAUCCCGGCCAUGUGAUUGUGUGGUCCUUGCAAGGACCUCACUCUCACAUGGCCGGGGGGGCUGCCAGGAAGAUCUGCUUGGGGGCUCCCUGAGUCCCCCAACUGCAUCGCUGGUAGAUUAAAGACCAGAGGGCAUACUAUUACUUGGCGCUUAGAGAGCCUCUAAAAUAGGGCAUUAUAGUACGCCCUCCGGUCUUAAGAGAUUAAAAAAAAAAAAAAAAGCUCCGCAAGUCAAAUAAAGGGGGACCUAGCAUUUUCUAAAAUAACUAACAUAGCCUCCAAAGUGGGGGCUAUUCAAUGGAACCCAUGAUCGGCGGGUGGGGGCCCCAAGUAACAAAGGGGGAGGGACGUAUUCUCUUCCCCAUCCAUGAGCGGCGUGUGGGGGGCCCUAAGUAACGGGGGGUGGGGGGGCAGCUAUUAUAAGUAGGGAUCGACCGAUAAUCUGUAUUUUCAGCCAUAUCGGUAUUGGCCAAUAAAGAUACCGAUAUUGCCGAUAAUGAAGACCAGGGUCGCCAUCAGGGUCCUGGGGGCCCAGCACUUUCUUACUUACCUUCCGUUCAGCUCCCCGUCUAACUUUCGUGAGUCCCUCAGCCGUCAGAGCGUUGCCAUGGGUUACCAUGGCAAUGUUCCGCGCGGCACACAGGCUGCGAGAGUUAGACAGGGGAGCUGCUGAAAAGGGAGGUAAAAGUGUGCUGGGCUUCUAUACACACACUACACAAACACACUGCAUUCACUAUACACACACUACACUACACUGCAUUAAUUAAAUACAUACUAGAUAAACACACUCUGCAUUCAUUAUAUUCACAUUACACAAACACACACACUGCAUCCACUAUGGGUGGGCGCUGAAAGGGGGGGGAAGACAAUAGGUCUCCCCCUUCUAUUGAUAAUUACGGCCUACACCCGCCGCUCAUGGGUGGGGGGACGGAUGGAGACAAUAGGUACCCCCCCUUUGGUACUUAGGGCUCCACCCGCUGCUCAGGAAGUAGGUCAGAGCUGGUCAGGCGUAGGAAAAAUACAUAAGACAAAGUAGUCCCUACUUUAUCUUAUGUUUUAAAGAAAACUAGAGCAGAUAGGAAGAAACGCAUAACAGAUCCUGAGAGAAGAGGAAGCGAUUGGGGAAAGGUAAGUUCGGCAUGACAGUGCCGCUUUAAGAAAGGUUUGAACACUUACCAGGGGUCCUGCCAGACGCACAAUGCCACCUUUUAAUGAAGUUGUAAACUCUGCCACUGAGCUGUGAAAUCAUUAGCUUGUGCAGCGAUAGGCUUUGAUCAUAUUUUCACAGCUCACUUGCUAACGCUCUCAGCCUAUCAUUGCCUGCUCAUUAUGAGUAAGCAUAAGUGCAUUUUGUUACCCAUACUGGUGACAGGUGGCCAGAGAUAGGCUGAGAUACUGUUUCCGCAGCUCACUAGCCAACGCUCCCCGCCUAUUACUGGCUGCUCAUCAUGUGUAAGCAUAAGGACAUUUUGUUUACCUGUACUGGUGACAGGUGGCCAGUCAUAGGUCGAGAUUGUCAGCUAGUGCUCUCACUGCUGCUCAAGCUAAUGUUUCCCCAUCAGUCCAAGGAGAAGAGGAGGCUUGGCUCUUGAGGACAAUCCCUCUGUGUUAACCCAUUUGAAGAUGGUUGAACACUAGAUGGUGAUUACGCCAUACACUUUUAAUUGAUAUAAUAUGGUUUGAUGCCCAUAGUGUUCCUAAAGAAGGACUGCAGGCUUAAAGUAACCUUUGAUUUUCAAAAAAGGAAAAAUAAAAAUGUGCUCCCUGUUUCAAGUUCCUAAAGUUUGCAUUUGCACUUGAGAGCCGCAGGAGCAGACUGCUUCUUCCAGACUUACAGAGGCCUCUCACUCUACUCUAUGUGGUCUGAUCUUAUUCCAAAUUCCUAUGUCCAGUUAUAGAUUUAUGCCAUAAGUAGUUUGGCUGUAGUUUUAUUUAUCAGCUCUGAAGAGGCAACCAGCCGGUAUUUGACAUACUGCAGUUUGACCAUCCAUUUACAUGUUUGUUAAUACGGUUAUGGAUAAAGUUAUGCAGAACAUUACCCCAAGAUGCUAGCUAAACACGUGUAUUUAGCUUUGGAUUAGAUGGAGGAAGAAAUGAGCAACACAACGUGUGACUGCCUCACAUGCAUGCAUCAAACAUACAAGUUAGAGGAAGUAAACAUUCUUUUCAUAGCUAAGGGAUAACGGAUAGCCUUAGAGCUGCAGUGUUUUUUUGUUUCUUUUUUUGCUAAAUGUUGUGCUUAGGGCUAUUACAUAGAUUUUUCUGGUUUGCACAGAUUACUUUUGGUACUUCCUACAUAAAUGAAGUUGUUCUAGUGUUUACUUUUGUACUCCCUGCAAGUUGAGAGGAUGUGUGAUACAAGGAAGGACCACAAGCAAACAUAAAACAAAUGGAAGAUGGCAAACUCAUAAAGCAUGGGGACUUUGUGGUGGUUUUCUUUUCUUUUUUUUUUUUUUACAACGAAUUAAAUAUUUAAAUAAAAUAGCUCUUACAGCAGUAUGUAAAACGUACAUGUACAAUCCAUGUGCCAACUCUUUUUUUUACAGUAUUGAUAACUUAGAAGUAUGAAUUCUUUUGCAGACCUUGUGAACAGUACAGUGUAAUGCUAUUACUUGUUCUGUUACCUAGUGCUGCUUAAACUAUCCCUAUUACAGGCCAUAUGCUUAGAGGGACAGUCAAAGCAUAAAAUGUAGUUUCAUCUCAAUGAAAUGACAGACAACAUCUCGGGCUUCAGACUAAAAUGCAUUCAAUAAUUCUAUUUUACGUCUGAUGUCAUUAUGUAAAGUAUGCUGGUAAUGCAAUUUUGCAUCCAGUGCUUCUCUUUCCUGAUUGAGGCAAUUGCUGCUAUGUAGAGUGUGCCCUAUGUAGAGUGUUCAUUGAACAGUCAAAAUGAGGCACAAGGCUGUAGUCAUGUGUAGGAUUGGAAAUGUCAUAAACACCAACAAGUUCCAGGACAGAUUAUGAAGGGUGAGGUGCAGACAUUUACAGUCAACACCAGAACAGAGUAAUAGAUGCCCUUUGGCAUUUAAAGGGUUAUCAUGACUGCCCCAUGUUUAAAUAUGCAGAUAAUUUCAUAUUCAUACUUGGAUUUUCACUAAACACUGAAUUGCGUUUUUCUGAAAAUAAAAUUUCAGCUAAAGUAGCCAGGCUGUGGCUAAAUUGAGGUUCAGAAAUUUUCAAGAGUCAGCACUUUUUUGGGUCCACAAUUUGUCAUUCAGAUUUCACUUCCCUAUAAUUUGAUAUUUAGUGAAUAAACCUUCUUGCUUUUUCUGAUUUUGUGUGUGUGUGUGUGUGUGUGUGUGUGUGUGUUUUUUUUUUUUUUUUAAAUGCUACAGUUUCCCACAGAUUUGAUUCCUAUCUUUCUGUGAAUGGUGCUUCCAGGCCAUCAUGAAGCAUCCUCUCCAAACAUUGCCUAUUGCUCUACUUAUAGACCAUUAAGUGGAUGCGGACUGACACAUAGGCCUUAUUGAAAGGUUCAUGUAAUUACGUGUUUUCCCAGGAAUGAAAUGAGAUGUGAGUUAAAGAUUUCAGUUGAUCCAUUUGGAGCUAUUAGUGGAGUAAUGCAAUUCAAGCUCUUCCUCAUCUGGUAGGUAGAGCACAGAGUUUCUGUGGCACAGGAUUGUUCAAGGGACACUGUAGGGACUAGACCACUUCAGCUAAUUGAAGUGGUCUGGGGGCACUGUCUCUUUUGCACUUAGUGCUGCAAUGGUAAACAUUGCAUUUCCAGAUAACUGCAAUGUUUACAUUGCAGCUCUAAGUCUGUCCUCUGUGGCUGAUUAACAGACAGCCGCUUGAGGGCUUCCGGAAUUUAAACGGAUUUUAGGUCCGUUAUCUGACGCUGGACAUCCUCACGGACUGCCAGCGGCAGUGGAGUGUGGGCGGAGCCUGAUCCAAUGCCGAGGGACGAGUGCUGGAUCUAGGCAAGUGACUGAAGGGGUUACUUCAGCCCCGAGGGAGGGGGGCACUACAGGAGCCUAUAGUGCCAGGAAAACAGGUUUGUUUUCUUGGCACUAUAGGAUCCCUUGAAGGUGAAGCUUGAAUCCACAAAUAGAAUUGCUAAUUUCACAUUAAAGGAACUCUAUAGGGUCAAUAAACAAACGUAUUCCUGACCCUAAAGUGUUAAACCACCAUCUUGCCCCCUAAAUAUUGUAAAGUCUUACUUGUAUCCAAGUCUGCAGCUGCUGACUUUGCCCCUGUCUGCCUCUGACCUGUCUGCAAACAUCAUCAGAAAUGAUUUUGUGAACUAAUCAGUGUCUUUUUCCAUAGGAUUGGCUGAGACCGUCAUGGAGGCAGAUCAGGGGCAGAGCCAGCUCACGUCAAACACAGCUCUGGCCAGUCAGCAUCUCCUCAUAUUGAUUAAUUGAAUCGAUGCAUCUCUAUGAGGAAAGUUUUUAGUGUCUCCAUGCAGAGGGUGGAGACACUGAAUGGCAGUGCUGCUCACAGUGAACUAAUCACUAGCACUGCCCUAGGAAGCAUCUCUAGCAGCCAUCUGAGGAGGGGCCAGUGGAGUUAUCUAGGGCUAGGCUGUAAUGUAAACACUGCAUUUUCUCUGAAAAAGACAGUAUUUACUGCAAAAAACUUGAAGGGAGGUGAUACUCAAAAAAUUAGAAUAUCAUGCAAAAGUUUGUUUAUUUCAGUAAAGCUACGUAAAAGGGAAACUAAUAUAUUAGACGCAUUACAUGCAAAGCAAGAUAGUUCAAGCCGUGAUUUGUUAUAAGUGCGAUGAUUAUGGCUUACAGUUUAUGAAAACCCCAAAUCCACAAUCUCAGUAAAUUAGAAUAUUACAUGCAAUCAAUAAAACAAGGAGUGUACAUAGAACAAUAUCGGACCUCUGAAAAGUAUAAGCAUGCAUAUGCAUUUAGUACUUGGUUUCGGCCCCUUUUGCAGCAAUUACUGCCUCAAUGCGGCGUGUCAUGGAAGCUAUCAGCCUGUGGCACUGCUGAGGUGUUAUGGAAGACCAGGAUGCUUCAAUAGCGGCCUUCAGCUCUUCUGCAUUGUUCGGUCUCAUGUCUCUCAUCUUUCUCUUGGCAAUGCCCCAUAGAUUCUCAAUGGGGUUCAGGUCAGACGAGUUUGCUGGCCAAUCAAGCACAGUAAUCCCACAGUCAUUGAACCAGGCUUUGGUGCUUUUGGCAGUGUGGGCAGGUGCCAAGUCCUGCUGGAAAAUGAAGUCAGCAUCCCCAUAAAGCUAGUCUGCGGAAGGAAGCAGUCUCCUGGUAGAUGUCUACAUUGACCCGGACUUAAUGAAGCUGAGUGGACCAACACCAGCAGAUGACAUGGCUCCCCAAAUCAACACAGACUGUGGAAACUUCACACUGGACUUCAAGGAGGGGAGGGGAGGGAGGGGGGGGAGGAGUAAGGACCACUGGGGGAGGAGAGGGGGGAGGCGAACCACUGGGGAGGAGAGAGGGGGAGUAGGACCACUGGGGGAGGAGGAGGGGGGGAGUAAGGACCACUGGGGAGGAGAGGGGGGGAGUAAGGACCACUGGGGAGAGAGAGGGGGGGAGUAAGGACCACUGGGGAGUGAGAGGGGGGAGAAGGACCACUGGGGAGGAGAGGGGGGGGAGUAAGGACCACUGGGGAGGAGAGGGGGGGGAGUAAGGACCACUGGGGGGGAGAGGGGAGAGACCACUGGGGAGGGGGGAGUAACAACCACUGGGGAGGAGAGGAGGGGAGUAAGGACCACUGGGGGAGGAGAGGGGGAAGGAACACAGGGGGAUGGGGAGUAAGGACCACUGAGGGUGAGAGGGGGGAGUGAGAUCAUCACCAAGGGGGGACUGCAGAGGGACAGGGAGCCAAGGUAGAGCACUAAGGGACAGAAGGGGAGAACACGGAAGGACAGGAGGGAAGGGGAAAUCAAUAAUUGACAGGAGGGGAGAGCACUAUGAUAAAAAUUUAAAAAAAGUAAAGAGCUGCUCCCCUCUCAGUCCCUAUCCUACCCCACAAACCCUCUCUUUUACAAUACACACACACACAAUGCAUACCCACACACACACAGAGACAGAAACAUACAAUGCAUUCUUACUCACACACAGACACACAAUGCAUCCCUUACGUUCACACAAACACUCAUUCUCUUACACACAGAAACAAAAUGCAUCUCUUACACAAUCAAUGCACCCCUUACAGACACACACUGCAUUCAAUUACAUACACAGAAACACACCUUGCACCCCUUACACACACACACACACACACCCAGAAACAUACAAUGCAUUCCUUACAUGCAAACACACACUGCAUCCCCUAUAAACACACUACAUCCCUUACAGAAAUUGGUAUCCCUAUACACUACAUUCUAUAAGAACACACACACAUUGCAUCCUCUACAGUAACACACAAAACAUCCCCUACACACAUACACUCCACUUCCUGUGAGAGAAUUUAUGGGUGGGCAUUGUAGGCAUACUCACGGUCAAGCCCUGGGGGCCCAGACCUUGAGCUGUGUAAGGGGCCCUAAAAAAUGGAGCUGCUUCCUGUUCAUUGUUGUGAGCACUGUUAAAAACAGUCUCCAGAGAGCCUCUUCUACACCAGACAUGUGGAGCCAGACUGAGCCCAUCAUCAGCCUUUUUUCCUCAUCUGGUGGUAAGUAGGCAAUCCAAUAUAUUAUUAGUGGCACUAAUCUCUAAUUUACCUCACAUUAAAUGGAUACUAUAGUCACCAGAAGCACUACAGCAUAAUGUAGUGGUUCUGGUGUCUAUAGCCUGUGCCUGUAGGCUUUUUAAUGUAAACACACUGUCUUUUCAGAUAAAAGACACUUUGUGAAGACUGGUGUUGGCCCAUGUGGCAGAGCAUAUGGGCGGGGCAUUGUGAUGUCACAUGGUGGGCAGGACAUAUGGGGGGUGGCAAAUCUUUUUUUGCCUAGGGCGGCAAAAAUCCUUGCACCGACCCUGAUCUCAUAUAUUAGUUUCCCCUUUUACGUUGCAUUACUGAAAUAAAUGAACUUUUGCACGGUAUUCUAAUUUUUCGAGUAUCACCUGUACUCACCAGAACAAAUGCAAUAAGCUGUGGUUGUUCUGGUGACGAGUGUCCCUUUAAGGAAGGUAUGUUUUACCGUCUGUAUGAUGUGAUUUAAAAAUUAACAACAAGUGUAUGGAUGGAAAGAUAAAAGCAUGCAGGCACAUUUAUGGGAGGGUUUAUGGGAUCUUGCUGUGUCAUAUGAAGGUGGGGAGUAACAUGUGCAGCUGCCCUACACCUCCAAGGUGGCAGACUGUACUGCAAUGCCAUAGCACAAUGUAUAGUCUGAAUUGUUUGAAUUCCAGGAAUUGGAUAGUAUAAUAAGAUGGAAUGCCAAGUCAAUAUAUGCUUCUUUUAUUCUAAUGUUUUUUUGUUUUUUUAGUUUGUUGCUUGAUUGUUUUUCUGUAGUUUGGGAAUUGCUGCACGAUUGCUAAACAGCCUAAUUCAUUGCUGUAGGCUCAAUCAAUAUCUACUGUAUUUGCUACCAAUAGGGGGAAGCAGUGUCUAACUGAGCAGAACAAAUGUCUGUUGGUUUCAGUUUCUGAAUGAUGUGAAAUCGAACACGUUCAGAAGAUGCAUUGCUAAACACGUGGUUUCCUUUCCAUUAUUGUUUUAAUAUUAGCAAGACCUAAAACAAAUAUUCGCUUUAUGAAAUAUUUUAUAGGAGGCCUGUCAAAGAUGGUUCAUCCUUUUAUUUUACCAUUGCCCAAAAACCUAGUAUGUGUGUGUGUGGAAAUAAGGAUCAUACACAAACUUUAGUUUUUCAAUGUGAUUAACUCCCCCAAAAAUCUUAUACUCUAAAUAUUGUUUAAUUGUCUGCACAAAAAGACUAAUCUGAUUUAUUUUAUAUUUUUCUUUAUAUUUUAUUUGGCCAAUUAAUGUUUUCUACAACGUUGUAUUUAAUUGCCUGUUAAACACUGAAUUGGGGAAGCUCUAGCUUGUGCAGGCUCGCAUCUAAUGCAAUUUCUAAAUGUCCCAUUUAUUCCCGAGUGGACCUUGUGGAAAAAGAUGUUUGAUUCCCAAGCUGUCUAUAUAUUGGAGAGAAUUUUUCCAAGAGUUUGCUAUUUUUGCCAAACGUUUGUAAUUCAGUCUUCAAUUCAUUACUCAGUACAACUCAAUGUCCCACUCCUCACACAAUGUAAGUGAAUUGAGUAAACCUAUUAUUACCUUGUAUCUUUGCAAUCAUAACCUCAUGGUUGUAGCCACAAAUAUGUAGAGUGUUUGAGGUUAUCAUGAAAAAAGAUGUUCAGCCUUGACUUCUGUUCGGUUAGCUUGCCAUAUAUUAAUGGGGAAGUUUAGUUGUUUCUUUUAUCGAAAAUGUUUGUUACAGAGCUGUGUAAAAUUGUCUACUUUGGUUACCUAUGCAAAUGAAAUUUAUUUAUUUAUAAAAUAUUUUACCAGGAAAGAUACAUUGAGAUUUCUCUCGUUUUCAAGUAUGUCCUGGGUCCACAAAAUAUUGCAUUCAUACAUUAUGGUACAAUAUUGCAAAAAAAAUAAAAAAAUAAAAAAAUAAAAAAUAAAUAUAAAUAUAUAUAUAUAUAUAUAUAUAUAUAUAAUUUAAUACAUAACUGGUAAUAAAUAUAUUCAACCAUAACAGGUGCAUGUGUACAGUAAGAUAAAGUGCUGUGAAUAUAAAUGCAGUUUCAAGAUAUCAGGGAAGAUUGCUUACAGAUGUAACUACUGCUUUCUCUUUUUUUUCUUACACAUGUGACUUACUGUAAAAGGAACGCACUGCUGAUUGUUUUUGAAAGGCAGACCAAAUUGUUAACCACAGAGACUUCUCAAAGGCUUUUUCAGCCAGUCAUAGCUUUUGUAGCUACAUACAGUAAUGUAUGGUAUCAAAGUAAUCUGUGGCCAUUUCAUGUAAGCAUAGUUGGUUGAUUGGUCUUUAAAAAGUAUAUUUACAGAAAGGAUUCAUUAUCUUUCUACAUCAAACCAUUACAUUGUUGUUUUUUUUUGUUUAAAGUGUUCCUUUAUGCAAAAAAUGUUAGGGCAGCAAUUUUAUAAAUAGAUUUUCCAAAUUGUGUGCAAUUGCAUAGAUGGAAUGUGGUGUGGACUGUGUGCUUUUAUCUAUAUCAGACACACACUCAUACUGUGUGUGCAUGUACUUGUACGUGUCUGUCUGGAAAAAGUCAAGACACUAUUAGUACGAGAAUGGUUUGCGUGACAUUGGCUGCCAGGUUACAUCAAGGAGAGUGGACAUGGACGCGCAUGCGUGAACAACUACAAUUUCACUAUAUUAGUGCUAGACUUCUGAGCAUGUGUACUGUGUGGCCUUCGCAUUUAAAAUGACAGAGUAAAGCAAUGAAUCCACAUUAAAUUUUGCGUUUAAGCUUAAACAUUCCUCCGGAAACUAUUUGGAUGAUUCAGAAGGCUUUCGGUGACUAGGAAAUGGGUGCAGCGCAAAUAAGUUUGACUCAAACGCUUCAAAGGUGGUCGAGAAUCAGUUGAAAGAUUAGCACCCUGCAACUUCUGGCUUCUUCCAAAACUAAAAUCACCUUUGAAAGGGAGGAGAUUUCAGACCGUCGAUGAGAUAUAGGUACAUACUAAGAGACAGCUGAUGAUUCCCACAAAGGAUUUUGCAGAGUGUUUUGAGAUGCUGGGAGAACUCUAUGAGAUAUAUCUAUCACUGUCAUUUUCUUGAUAAAGAUCCUGAAGGGUCGAAACAAUGUUAAUACACUAUUGGAAAAUCCAAGUGAGUGCUCCUGUCUGAAUUUGUGUGUGUGUGUAUAAUAUAUAUAUAUAUAUAUAUAUAUAUAUAUAUAUAUAUAUAUAUAUAUAUAUAUAUAUAUAUAUAUAUAUAUAUAUAUAUAUAUAUUAUAGAUAUAUUCUGUAGUUGGCUAUUUCUUUAUUUUACAUAAUUGAAAUUACUUUGUGCCAUGUCUCUGAACUGGUAUCUGCAGUUCCUCUCACAAUAUCUAUGUAGACCACAAUUUUAUGUCCCUAGACAAAUAAACUUUGACAUCAUUGUUCCUUCCUAUUUCAUUUCUGGAAUUGAACGGUUAAGGUUUAUGCUAUGUAGCAUGAAUCUUACAAACCGUAUUAUGCAUUUAUGCAAUGUUUUUAUAAUCUUCUAAUGAUAAAAACUGUCAAGACUCUAACUUUUGUGGCUUAGUACUGUGCAUACAAAUGAUCUGUAGCAAAGCUGAUAGUAUAUCAUCGUAUCUCUUAAAAAUUUUGUGGGAUGUCUCUUAUGAGGAUUUCAUGAGGAUAUUGUUCAUCAUUUGUUGGCAUGCAAUACCAAAACCAUAUCCAAAUAGUUUUUUAAGACUUGUUAUUUCCUCUUGCUUUAGCCAGCCGUAUCCGUGGGAAAUGUGGGCCAGUUAGCCAUCGAUCUUAUUAUUUCAACACUGAAUAUGCCAAAGGUCGGCUAUUUCUACACAGACUGCCUUGUACCAAUGGUUGGGAAUAACCCUUAUGCAACCAAUGAGGAGAAUGCAAAGGAGCUUUGUACAAAUGCUGAAGGUGAGUCUUGUAAACAGUAAAUGGAAUUAAAGGAACACUAGCUUUGGGAAUACAACCCUAUAUUCUUAACAUUAUAGUGCCCCUGUCACUAGCCUUUUUAAAGGUGUGUGUUUGUUUUCUCUGAGCCAAAAAAUAUUGAAUAAAUAAAGGAUUUACUUUUUUUCCCUUGGUCCUUCUUAUUUCUCCACCUCCUGCGACGUCAAAGAGGAAUCAUUCUCGUCCUUAGGCCCCGGACCCUUCAAAGCCCAAUACAUACACAAAUACAAAUAGAGGACCAUUGGGAACCGUGUACAAAAGCAUUAAUUAUAAGCUUUUGUGUCACGUGACUGACCGUUACCUGGUCAGGGCUGCAGAAUUCCCAAUAGUGGCUGUCAGACAGCCACUAGAGGUGGAUUUAACCCUGCAAUGUAAAACUUCUUAAAACUUUUUUAUUUAUUUUUUUAACAUCUUCUAAACCCUCACCACUUCAUUGAGAUUAAGUGGCCUGUGUGACUGUUGUGGUCCUUCAACUCUUCACAAAUGCACUCAUAGCAAUGUUUGUACUUUUUAUAAAAUAUUAAACAUAGUAAAUUGGGAGGAAAUAUAUACCGUAUUUUUCGCUCCAUAAGACGCACUUUUUUCCCCCUCAAAAGUGAGGGGAAAUGUCUGUGCGUCUUAUGGAGCGAAUGUGAAGAUUUACUUACCUGUCUUGGAGCGUGGGCCGGCUUCACAGCGCGCUCCGCGGUCCAGGAACUUCUAUUUCAGGUUCCGGUUUCCGGCGGGACUGAAAAGGAGGUGCACACUCAGUGUGCACACUUCCUUUCAGUCCCGCCGGAAACCGGAACCUGAAAUAGAAGUUCCUGGACCGCGGAGCGCGCUGUGAAGCCGGCCCAUGCUCCAAGACAGGUAAGUGGGACAAUUAUGGGACAAGGGGAGGGGGAGACACUAUGGGACAAGGGGAGGGGAGACACUAUGGGACAAGGGGAGGGGAGACACUAUGGGACAAGGGGAGGGGGAGACACUAUGGGACAAGGGGAGGGGGAGACACUAUGGGACAAGGGGAGGGGGAGACACUAUGGGACAAGGGGAGGGGGAGACACCAUGGGACAAGGGGAGGGGGAGACACCAUGGGACAAGGGGAGGGGGAGACACCAUGGGACAAGGGGAGGGGGAGACACCAUGGGACAAGGGGAGGGGGAGACACCAUGGGACAAGGGGAGGGGGAGACACCAUGGGACAAGGGGAGGGGGGAGACACACCUGUAUAAGGUGAGGGGAGACACACUAUGGGACAAGGGGGAGGGGAGACACACUAUGGGACAAGGGGAGGGGAGACACACCAUGGGGACUGGGAGGGGGAGACACACUAUGGGACAAGGGGGAGGGGAGACACACUAUGGGACAAGGGAGGGGAGACACACAUGGGACAAGGGGGAGGGGGAGACACACUAUGGGACAAGGGGGAGGGGAGACACACUAUGGGACAAGGGGAGGGGGAGACACACUAUGGGACAAGGGGAGGGGGAGAGACUAUGGGAGGGAAAGUGCACUAUGGGACAAUGGGGGGGCACUAUGGGGGGAGACACACUAUGGGACAAGGGGAGGGGGAGACACACUAUGGACUAUGGGACAAGGGGAGGGGGAGAGACUAUGGGAGGGAAAGUGCACUAUGGGACAAUGGGGGGGCACUAUGGGAGGGAAAGUGCACUAUGGGACAAUGGGAGGGGGGACACUAUGGGAUCAGAACACUAAUGGACAAGAGGAGGAGGGGUUAAAGAACACUAUGGGACAAGGGGAGGAGGGGUUAAAGAACACUAUGGGACAGAGGAAAGGGGGGUUAAAGAUCAUUAUGGGACAGGGGAGAAAAAAAAAUAUUCUGAACAAACUGUCCCAUAGUAAGAAACACUAUGGAACAGUUUGUUCAGAAUAUUUAUUUUUCUGGGUUUCCUCCUCUAAAAACUAGGUGCGUCUUAUGGUGAGGUGCGUCUUAUGGAGCGAAAAAUACGGUAUUCUCCUUCUCCCUGGUUUAAGGAAACACUCCAAGCACCAUAACCACUACUGUAAUUUAAAGGACUGUACAGGUGCCCACCCAAUGUAAGUAGUAAAAUGUUUUUUAGUUUUUGAUUAAUUACCUGAGGUCUGCUGGGCACCAUUCUGUGCAUCUACGUAGCUGGAAGCUCUCUUUACUGAGCUAUGUCUGACAAUGCAGGGCUUAGCUCAUUGGCUUAGAGUGAUCAGUAAAAGUAAAUCAUUAUUUUCAAAUAUGUCCUUGGUAGUGCAAAAAUUACAAUACAGUUGCAACUAAAGGAAAAUAAUGAUAUUUAUUUGCUGCUGAUAUGGAUAAUGCAUCAUCAGUUUAUAUAUAAAAGCAAAGGAGUAUCAGGGUUACUUUGUAUCGUAUGUUGUAUGCAGCAGGCAAGGUAGGUUAAGCUGAAGUUGGUCACACAAGUAGAAUCUGAGCAAACAUGGCUGCUCAGUCAGAUAAAAAGUGAAAUGUUUUGUGUAGGUGUUUUUUAAUAAAAAAUAAUUUUCAUUAAAUGUUGAAAAAAUGAAUUUGAGAAAAGGUGGGGAAGUGCAGCUCCUAUAUUACAGAUGUAGCGGUAAGUGGCUCUCUGCUAUGCUUAAUGGUAUAUCUGGCUCUUAUAGAGGAGGGAGAUGCACACCCUGUUUCCUGGGCUGAAUUACAUGAGAGACAGGAGUGUGUUUCUUGUGUUUUUGGUGUGAUGCAUGUGUGUUUGUCCCCUACACACUUAUGGAAAAUUCCUAAUGACUUUUGAAAUAUGCAUGAUUUAAUGUUUUAUGCGGAGUAUCCUUUAAAAUACACAAUCUAACCUGGCCAGGGAUGGACUGACUGCACUCUGGGCAAAUGUAGGCACCGGACCCCUUAAAGUCCGAUACAUAUGUGAUGUAUUCACUAAAGAGUGCAGUAUAGUAACCUGAUAUUUAAAUUACUGAUCUUUGAAAAAUUCUUCACCAUAGUUACAAUGUAGCUUUAUUUUUGUUAGCCAGAUUUUUGCUAUUCUGUUUUCAGUUUACUCUUUAGUGAAUGAACACUACAGCUGGUUAGCAAAAAAAUAUUGGAGGGUUGACAAGGAAAGAACUGAAACCUUUAGGCCAAAAUAGCUGAGCCAAUUUGGUAAAUGUAGUCUACAAUGUGUGAUCCCCAUGUCAGAUUUCCAUAAUUGCGUUUUUUGUGUGUGUGUGUGUGUGUGUGUGUGUGUGUGUCUGUCUACAUCUUUAUAUUCCAGACAUGUAUUUGUGUUGAGCAUUAAUGCCUGAAUGCAGGGUUGGAACACAGCAGCGCUUUUGGAUGGAGUGUGUGGAUUUUUGUGGCGAUGCAUUGGUAAUGAAGAAAGGUAUUUACAGAUGUAUGUUAAUUCAAAUGCAUAUCUGUGUGUGAUGAUAAUGGGGCGCUAUAGUCACCAAAACAACUUGAUCUUAUUGAAGUAGUUUUGCUGUAUAGAUCAUGCCCCUGCAGUAUCACUGCUCAAUUCUCUAGCAUCUAGUGGUUAAAUCAUUUUUGUUUCUGUCAAUGCAACCCUAGCCACACCUCCCCUGCCUAUGACUAACACACCCUGCAUGGAAAAAUUAUUUUUCAUUUUCAAUCAUAUGUAACUUUAACUCUUCUGCUCUGUAAAUUGAACUUUAAUUACAUACCGGGGGGCUCUUGCUGGACCUUGCAAGGUGGUAACAGAACAGGAAAUAAGAAAUUCUAAAGUAAACGGAAUUUGCAAUAAAGUGUAAACAUUAGAUGACUCUUUACAGGAAGUGUUUAGAAAGGCUGUGUAAGUCACAUCCAGGGAGGUGUGCUUUAUUCUGCGUAAACAAAAUGAUUUAACUACCUAAAAGACUGCAGGGGCAUGAUCUAUACACCAAAACUGAUUCAAUAAGCUAAAGUUGUUUUGGUGAUUUUAGUGUCCUUCUAAUGCGUGCAUAUGCAGUGAAUGCAUGAAAGUAUUGCAAUACAGAAGUGUAUUUUACUGCAUGUAACUGUGCGUGCAUGCAUUGUUCUAUUUGAGCAACAUGUGUCCUGUGGUGUUUUACUGAAUGUUACUGUGUGACUCUUAUCUCCUCAGUCCCCAGUGUCUUACAAACUAUUUUCCCCCACAUGUCUAUCCUAGAUCUUCCACUUUUUUUUUCUCUCCUCUAUACAAACUCCUUUGUCUCUACUGAUUGCCCUUUGAGUCUACUCAUAUUUUCCACUCCCACUUGUCUCUUCUAUGCAAUAUCACCAUUAACUCUCCCCAUUCCAUUCUUACUUUAAACUUCUAGUGAUCUCCCCUUCAUAUCAGCUUGCUUCCUGCGCUGCUGGGGCUCUGCGUGACUGGAGGUGGGAAAAGGAUGUAAGACCCUCCCCCUGCCUCUGUCUGCAUAUGGAGUAAUUAGACUCUGUCUAAGGAGGAUUUAAAUUGCAGCCGGCAGUAUCACUAAAGUAGGUCACUUCAUUCCCAGGGACGGAGAAUUAUUAUAUAGAUGUGUGUGUACAAGUAUGUAUAUCCAUGCCUAGCUGGGCCACUGACUGCCACUGGCCACUUCAUUCUGAAUAGAAUGUUUUCUUUACCGCAUGCUCUGACUUGUUGCAUAUGUAGUUAAAAAUAAACAAAUAUUGAUAUUCUUUUUAUUUCAGUAUAUGCAUUGUCCUCAAGAAAGCUUGCUGUCCUGCAGAUCAGAUCACCAUUAAUAAAGGUAAAAUGUGCUCUGAGAAUGGGGUUUGGCCUUAUAGCAACAUGCUAAUUUUGGUUGGGAAAGUACCUGAGCACAUUUUGGUUUUCACACAUCUGUAUUGCUGCAGUUGUUUCUAACUUAAAAGGGAAACUAUAGUGCCAGGAAAGCAAACUCGUUUUCCUGACACUAUAGCUUCCCCCUCUGUUAAGGUUAAUAACCCUUUCUGUCACUUACCUGGGUCCAGCACUAAUGUCUCUCGGUGCUAGCUCACCCCCACCCACGCUCAAGCCCUCCAUGGCUGUGCUUGCAUUAGGAUUUCCCCAUAGGAAAGCAUUUAUUCCAGUGACGCUGUAAGUCCUCAUGCAUAGUGUGAGAACGUCCAGCGUCGUUUAGGCAAACAAAAGUCGCCUAUCCACCUGGAAGUCCCUCUAGUGGCUGUAUGGUAGACAGCCAAUAGAAGAGUUAACCCUAGCAGGUAAUUGAUGCAGUCUAUAAAAACUGCAAUGAUUACAUGUUAAGGGUGAUGGGAGUUGCACCCAAACCACUUCAAUGAGCUGAAGUGACUUGGUGCCUACUGUGUCCUAGACACAGAUAAACACACAUUUACACAUUUGCCUUAAAAUGCCAAUCAUCUUACAACCAAUAAGCUUUUACUUAUGUCUAGUAAAAGGUACAAUAUUGUUUUAGGCUUGUUUUCCUGUUUUGCAAUAAUAUUAAAAUAACAAACUUCCAAGUAUAAAGCAAUAGAAAAUAAAGGAGCGAGUCCAAAGGGUCCCUAUAAAUAAAGGGACCAGAUGGAUAGGUCCAAAGAAAACCCACUUGUUAUUCUCUGUGUGGGAAUAACCCACUAGUUAGGCGAUAAACAAGUAAAGAAGGAACGGACUGAAAGUCCAAAAGAGAGAAUAACCGUUGUAAAAGUAAUCCCUUCCUUUAAUAAACCUAUAGGAAGUAAUAUACUUCCAAGUAGUUGUUAAAGGGGCACCCAGACCACUUCUGCCCAUUGGAGUGGUCUGGGUGCCAACUCCCACUACUCUUAACCCUGCAAGUGUAAUUAUUGCAGUUUUUUAUAAACUGCAAUAAUUACCUUGCAAGGUUAACUCCACCUCUAGUGGCUGUCUAUCAGCCACUAGAGGGCACUUCCUGCAUCAUAGCACAGAAAACCUGUGCUAGAGCGUUGCUAGACAUGCGCAUUAGGUCUCCCCGGCCGGUGGGCGGGAUCAGUCUUGCCCACAGGCCGACACAAUCACUGGGAGGAGCGGCGGCGGAGGAAGCAGCAGCGACGUGGGACAUGUCACCCCUUCAGCAACUGGGGAUUGGGGGGUGGGAGGGAGAGGGGACCUGCAGUGCCAGGAAAACAGAUUGUUUUCCUGGCACUGGAGUUUCCAUUUUAAAGGUAUUAAAAAUUUACAAUGCAACACAACCUCAUUACUGUUAACACUACUUGCUCGUUUACAAGCAGAUAACAAGACUGGUGUCUAGAUAGGUCUGAUUUGCAGCCAAGGGCCUUGGUGUGCUGUGCGUGUUUGAUUAUUAUCUGUGCUGGAGGUAGACCCAGCUGACUUCUAGCCAUGAGCAAAUGAGGCAUUUCCUAUAAGGUAUUUAUCCUACAAUUAAUGACACUUCAGUGUGGACAAAUUCCACUUUAAGAAAGAUUCAUUAACCUUUACCUUUUCUUACAUAUUCUUUGUUGUACAGCGUGGGUCAAACUAUUUAUUUCUUAUGGAUUAUGCUUUCAAUGCAUUGAAAAGUCCAUCCCCCUCCCAGUAAUGAGAGCAGUUUGUGUAGCUGUAGGUUGGCUUCCAGUAGAUUGCUCUUGUUCUGGGCAUACACAAAUGGAUCAAAUUUAUUUCUGAGAGGGAAUGCCUGGUGUGCUCUCUGAAUGUCAAAGUGGCAGGGGGAGAAGUUCAUUUAGGAGGAAAAUAAAUAUAUAUAUCUCCUUGUGAUAUUUUAUUUUUUUCUUCAAUGCAAAACAAUGACUUAUUACAUAUUCCUGUUUGUCUUCAAUGUACAGGUCUAGAAUUUCCAUUUAAAUCUUUCACUUUUCAUGUUUAAUAGUUUAACUUUUUAUCUUUAUGUAAAGAAAAAAUCCAAAGCCUUUCGGCAGGCUCUGAUUUGCUGGAUCAAAAGGUGUGGGUUUACCAAAGUGAUCCUGUUCUCGAGCACCCAUGCGUACCAACGUGUUGACCAGCAACUCUUCGGGUAGGUUAAAGUGAAUAGGCUUUAGUUGGGAUCGUGUGAAAGUAAUUUACCUUCUUUGUUGAUGUGAAGGCUUUCUGUGUGUAAAAUGGAGACAGGUGCUUAUCUGUGUUUCUCGUUUAGUGUGUUUGUUUCAGAAAAGAUUUACCACCUUUUUAUCACUGCAGACCUGGAUCUGCAGCAUUCAGAGUAAAAUCUGUAUAAUCAACUGGCGAUACAUUCCAAACUCUCAAACAAGUUAAGUUUGUGUAGCAUUGUGUAGGUUACUAUCCUGCGUACAUCUGCUCUGUCCUACAACAGCAGUAUAUGUGAUGCAGAUUGCCUCCCGUUUGUGUCAUUUUUAUUACCCUCUGCACAUGCGCACUGUGGUAUGCUGGCACACUUAAAAUCCUGCAGAACAUUAAUAGAUACUAAAACUAUACCACAGGGGACACGUUGCUGUUUUGUUUUUUUCGUAGUUCUUUAGUGUUGCAUUCUGUUAUAUUUUAACACUAUAUAACUACCCAGCCAUGGCAUAUCUGACCUUGGCUAGCCUUAACUUAAUCCUGACUGCAGCUUUUUUUUAAUUUUUUUUUUUUAAUUUUUUUUUUUCCAUUUAACCUCCUCUGGUUUAAUAUUCAAGAGGGACUUUAAACAUUUUAAACAAUUUUAAACAAUAAAUCUAUUUCUCUAUGAGCCAGAGGGACACCAUAGUGUUUGGAAUACACUUUAACGUUAUUGUUCCUUUAAUCAUACAAUGUACAGUAGCAAAAGCAAACAAGCUUAAAAAAAAAUCACUGAUGAAUUUUGUUUGCCUAAAGAAAUAACAUAUUCAUGCUGCAACUUUCCAAAGAAAACCACCCUCCCACUGCAACCCCUCUUAAACGAUGCUCUCACCAUUUAACCCCUUAAGCAAGGAUGUAAUUGACAAGUUUUGACCAAAACAAAACCUUGAAUUUGAGCUACAAUCUGUUCACCUGUAAUUUACAUUUCAUAUUAAGUGCACCUACAUUUAUUAUAUAUCAUUUUGUUCAGGAGAAAUGAGGCUUAUAUUUUACAUCAAAUAUUAAUAUGAGAAAUGAUUUAAUAGGAGUAGAAUCUUUUUUAAAAAAAAUGUGUGAAAUUAAGAAAUUUUGUUAUUUGCAUAGCCUUUUAACUGUGAAUGUCAUAAUAAUGUUGGCUUUUACUGCAAUGAAAUACACAUUUGUAUUCAGCAAUGUCUCACGAGUACAACAGAACCCCCCAGUACAAAACAGAUGAAAUUUGUACAUACUUGAGCUUUCCCGGAUUUUUAUCAUAUGGUUUACUUAACCCUAUAUUUGAUAUGUGAGGUGUGAAAAUUAAAUGUAGACAUCUAUACCUCUUUAUCCAGAAUCUGUGUGCCUCUAUCUUGACUCCAUGUCACUCAUUGCUAUAAGCUCUGUCCUUUGCAACUGGCAGUCAGUAUAGAGAUAACAUGCAGAGAGGAGGAGAAAUAAAACAGUGUUUUCAUUCGUAAUCUCCAUUUGCAAUGUUUGCCCUGGUUUUGCCUUGUCUGAACUGGAAUAUACAAUUUUCUAAAUUUUUAAUAAAAAAAGAAGCAUCUCAUGAAAAAAGUUAAAGGGAUACUCUGAGCACCAAAAAAACUUUAGCUUAAUGAAGCAGUUUUAGUGUAUAGAACAUUGGAAAGCAUCCAUCGCCACUCAAGAUGUUGUUGACUACAUCUCCUAUAAUACUUUUACAGCCUUAUUGCCGACAAAGUAUCAUGGGAGAUUUAGUCCAACAUCUGGAGUGCCAAAUGUUGCCUUCCCCUGGUGUAGUUUCACUGCUCAAUUAUCUGCCCCCACCCUGUCGAGUCGUGAUGUGCAUCCCAGUACCUCUUCAUGUAACAUUUACCACUUUGACAUCUUUAAUACCGCACACGGACAACUUUUUCAUAUUCACUUUUUUUCUGUCUUGAGAGAGACCCAGAGAGGGUGUUUAAGUGAUGUGGUAUACAAGGUACUGGGUGCUGUUAAGGGGAAAAAACCCGUCCCCCAACAGGUAGGCAGAUUAUUUAUAUAUAUAUAUAUAUAUAACGUGGGGGCUAUUAUUUCUCCUGCUCUUGGCCAGUAUACCAUUUAUAUAGGUGUUGGUUGACCUUUUUUGCACUUUGUCAUUUUUAUGUGGUUUUGGGAUUACUGCCUUUGUAUGAUCUGUAUAACUUAUAUACAAAUUCUGGUGUGCCUUGGGUUCAUUUUCUAUUUGCUUUGUAACUACUUUACCAAGAAAUGUAAAAAGCUUAAGCCCUUGUGUUCGGUUUGUCAGCAUGUGUACUGAGCCCAUUUAUACAUGUUUAAUCUGAUAUUUAUAGACCACCAUUCCGUUACUUGUUAACCCCCAACAUGGAAAGAUCUGUGGCAGAUCUGUUGAAAGAGCUGGAGUGGAAGCAAAUGGAGAAGGUGUCAGCAUAUCCUGGUAUAAAUGAUGAAGAAAAACAGAUUUCCAUCCCUGGGGGAGGUUUUACGAAGCGGUUUUACAGUGACUGGUAAGUGUACUCCUAUGGGUAGAUAGAGCACCAGGAGUCCAGUUAGCCAUGAUACUAGAACUGUUAAAUGGCACGUCUCCAACACAUGUGCUAAUCUCAGGCCGAAUGUACAUUUCCCCCACAAAAAUGAAAGCAAAGCAAUGUAUCCACAGCCAAAGCAAAUGAAACUAAUGUUUGACCUUUAAUACAGUUGUUCAGAAGAGAUCCAGAUGGCAGUUGUGCUGAAGUUUUGUUCAGAAGGCGAUAACAUUCCAGAUGCUUUUGCAUUGGUUAAUCAUGCUAAUAAAUGGCUCCAUCUAGUUCCACAUUCAGUAAGUAACUUGAACUAUGCAAAUUGUCUGUUCCCAAAAAUUCCUUUUUGGAUAAAUCAACCGAAUGCAGCAUCGGUCAUAGCCAUCUGUCACAUUGUGCUAACUUUGCUCUACCUGCAGUUAUUCACUACAGUAAGAAUUAUCAGGAAAGGAACGUUUAAGUCUAAAAUAGCUGAACUGAAAGCAUAUCUGAUUUGUAUAACUUUUUUUCCAGGUCGAUGAUUUUUUUUUUUUUUUUUUUGUGUCUAAAAAUUUAAUCACCCUUGUCAAUUACUACAUUUGAAAUAUCUCUAUUCGUCUUUUCACUUAUUUUCAAAUAGACCUGAUGCUCUGAAACAAUUAAUUUAAACUCUCCUAAUUUUCCUUGUGAUUUCAAAGAGGACAUGAACAAAAUCAGGGGUUACUUCAGAGGAUCAUGCUUAAUGCAUUCAUGUUGUCUAGAACAAAAAAACUGUCUGCUAAAAGGUUACAAAAGAAAUGAUCCAAUUACCAUACUUUCAGAGCAGUGGUGGCCAAAAAGUAGAUCCACGAUCUUGUAGAAUUACAACUCCCAUGAUGCAUUGUAUGCCUUUACAGUGUCCAUGGUGCUUUGUCAUUCUCAAAGCGUACAGUUUUAAAACCUAUGGGGAUGUACUUUUUGGGCAUCCCUAGUUUAGUGAAUAAACCUUAAACAGUGAAUUCAGUUGAUUUCCCAGCUUGACUGUUUGUCCUAAAUUUAGUCGUUUGGUUUUCAAUUAACAAUUCACUGUUUAGUAAUUAACCUCUAAUAUAUUUUACAGGAAUUUUUCUGUCUUGUUGGAUACACAAGUAAAAAAAUUUUUUUUUUACUUUUUGCAAGAAAAUUUUGAAUGGUAGAUGCAUGAUGAGUCAUGGGUAUUAGAAAAUUCUCAAUUCAUUCACUGGAUUUUUCAUAUUUUCAUUUUUUUUUUUUUUUUAACAGGAUGUCGACUCACCUACUGAAUGGAAGAUGCCAAGUUCCUGGAGGCUACUGUUUGGCAGCGGUCUGCCACCUGCUCUCUUCUGAUGUUUGAACACAGAAUUUCUGUUAUUACCUUUAAAUAAUUAGGCACUUCUGGCCUAAGGCAUGUGUGCUAGAUGGACCUCUUUAACAGUUCUCUAGACACACAGACUGGUCACACAACAUUAAUCCCAGCCACCAAGAAAUGGCUCCAAAACAUGUCCAUCGAAUAACUAUUUAGAAAUAAUGGCUGUCCGGCAGAGCUUUUUACUUUAAAUAACCACUUUAUGUUAACAUGCCCCACUAUUCCCUGCUCUUAAUUGUUUAAUAUUUUGUAGUACAGUAUGGCUGGUGUACUUAAACAUGAGAUUAACAAUGAGAUAUAAAGCAGAGCUUUAAACAAUAUUUAUAUAAAGACCAGCCCUUCUUACUGCAUUCCUUCCCUGAAAUUGGUGUAUGGGUAAAAUACCAAGAUUUCUUUGUUGAUUUUGAAGAUUUAGAACUAGCCCUUUGUGUGGUCGAGAGUGUUUGACUGCUGUAAAAUCUUCACUCAAACAUUAUACUGUGUCUAGUCCGCAUCCUUUCUGCCGGGAAGAGUUCAAAAUAAAAGAUGUUAUUUUUCCAAAAAUAGUGGAAGAGCAAUGAUUCAGAAUUUAUGCAAAUCGAACACCAAGUCAC